AUGGUAGAUAAUAUUACAAGCCCUUUAUUUGAGUCUCCUCCUCCUCCUCCUCCUCCUCCUCCUCCACACAAAUCCAAUCUGCCAAUGUUAUAUUAUGGCCUAGUAGUUGUUGGCACAGCUGCUAUAGUGCUAGCUGUUUACAACCUUAUAAUCAUCAAGUGGUGCGCUCAACGUGGAGGCCGAUCAGGGCAGGGACCAAAUGUGUUUACAGAGGUAACAGCAAGCCAGAGUUUUGAACACUCCAACAGCAACUUGCCGUCUAGUUUCAAGUACAAAAAGGGAAAAAUAGACGGUGACCAAGACCAGGGAAGUGGCUAUGAAUGUGCUGUUUGCUUAUCGGCUUUUGAAGAGGGAGAAGAGGUUAGGCAAUUGCCAAGGUGUAAGCACUCAUUUCAUGCUCCUUGUAUAGAUAUGUGGCUAUAUUCCCACUCUGAUUGCCCGCUUUGUCGUUCAAGUGUUGAUCCUCCUCUUGCGGUGUGUAAUAGAAGAACGGCCGCGGCGGCAGCCGAUACAUCGGAGAAUUCUAGAGAAGGGUUACUGGAUUCAGCCAUCAAUAAUACUGUUAUUGUAUCAUGUCCUUACGUUCCCCCUGAAGGUGGUGGGCAAUAUCUUACACAUCACAUCAUUGUCAUGGAUGACCAGCUCAAGGUUCCCCCUCACAUUCUGGAUAUGCUCUCGAGGGUCUUGAAGAGUCUUCCACUUAAUACUGGUGGGCAGGUCGGUGAUGUCGUGAGUCCUCCUCAGCCAUUCUUCUAUGUCGUUCUCGGUGUGGGCUGGAUGAACUGGAUGAAUCUAGUAUGGAAUAGUGGGAAGAUGUCCUUUGCGGCUGAGGUGGUAAAUCGUGUGUUGGGACAUCGUGAAGAGGUUGAGGAUGAACCGUGA